AUGUUGGCAGCCAGAAAGGCUUACGCCGAUCACCAUGGGCUUUUGCUGGACGAUGUCACACCUGACCAGGUGACCAAGGAUGCUGCUGGUGCCGUGUAUUGGGCAACCAAGAACCUGAACCUGAGUGCCAGGAGCCCUACCGCACAGGCCAUGGGCCGUAGUUUCAAGCACCACCCCAACCUGAAGGAGAUGUACCAAACCUUGCUUGACUCGGAGAAGGUUCGAUUCAGGGCUGCUUGGGCCGCCACUCGGUCCUGGGACUUCGUCAAUUACGAGCGAUCCACAACCUCUUCCUACCGCAAGCGGAAAGAAGAGGUUGGAACCUUUAAGACACAACUUCAAAUCGAGAUGAUUCUUGGUGGAGAUGUGCCGGAGGAGUAUUGUUGGUCCUACAACAGCUGGCUAAAGGCCGACACGUACCUCUGGGUUGAAUCUUUGGUGUCUACGACUUCGCAGACCGAGUGGGUGAACAAAGUGACGGUUCAGGCUCAAGACAAUGUGGAUUCAUCGUGGGCCAAUCGACUCGAGUACUGCAAGGCGGUCCGGGUUUUCGCUGCCGAGAGCAAAGUGGCGAUUAAGGACGUGACGAAGGACAUGCUCGAGGGCCACGAGCUCGGGAUCAAAGGGCUUGCAGGGCUCUACGAGUCCACCCCGAGUGCUCGGCCCCAGCCUGGUGGAGAUGGCACUUGCACCGCCGCAACGCCGCAGAUCGGAGGUGCUGCACCU